AUGCGCCUGUGGAUGGUGCCCUCCAGCGAGCGUCAUAUUCAGGUCAUUCCGACGACGGACUGCUACUGCCGCACAACCGCACUGGCUCUCCUACUCCUUACACCACCACCUGUGACCUAUGGCCCCGGCCCAUCUCCAUGGUCCGCUCUUGAUGUAACGCGAGCCGGGUCCGGCGAACUCUCUCUGCGGCAAUGGGACGGAUACACCAUUGUCCUCCAGGCUCUGGUCACCGUGUACCGGAUUCGGGCCGCACCUUGCCGCCCAUUCCGCUUUCCCUCCUCCACCGUCCCCGCGCACACGGGAACGAGGAGUGCUGCUGGGAACUCGGCACAGUGUUCCGAGAACGACCAUGGCGUCUCGUCGGUGCGUGUCGUAGUCGAGUCUUCGCUUUGGUCCAUUUCGUCUUCGGAUUUGCUGCUUUACUUUACACGGAGGAGUCUCGGAUCCGGGGGGUUGAGUGUUUGGGCUUAUGCACCCAUCACGUCCGACAUUAUGCCGUUCGAGGCCGGGGACCCAGAGGCUCCUUCUAAGAGAAAAAACAUCAGCUCGGAAAGUCCGCGAGGACCGGUGCCAUGGGUGCCGCCCUCGUACCUGUGCUCCAGAGAGUUCCACGUAUGGGAGAUGAACCGCGACACAUCCUCAUCAAAAACACACACACGAAAACGACGAUACGGACAGAUCUCCGCCUUUUCACAGUGA